AUGUCCAGCUCCUACAGAGUCACCCUCCCGAUGCUGCCGGGAAUAACUCUCUCCCCGAAGCCGCCAGAGGAUUCCCGUUCCACCUCUCCCGGGGCACAGGCGGGCGGGGAGAUGGGACCAGAGCGAGACUGGCCCAAACAGCUGCUCCAAGCAGGAUUGUUAAAGCAAAUAAAACCCCUCCGUUUCUUAGGACGCCUGAACCCGCUGCUGGGGGGGGCUAAAGGCCCACUACACCUCUCAUACAGGCCCAUGCGGAUGUACCCCCCACACACAGACACCUCACAGGCCCACACGGAUGGGGAUAAAAUGAUGGCAGGAAGGUUUGUUGGAAGCACAGAUCCAAUCAUGGAGAUGCUCAGCGCUUCCAUUACUGUUGAUCAGAGACUGUCUGAAGUUGAUAUUCAGGGGAGCAUGGCUUAUGCCAAAGCCUUGGAGAAGGCUGGAAUCCUGUCUAAAACUGAGCUGGAGAAGAUCCUGAGUGGCCUGGAAAAGAUCUCUGAGGAAUGGUCCAAAGGAGUCUUUGGUGUGAUCCAAACUGAUGAGGACAUCCACACUGCCAACGAACGCAGGCUAAAGGAGCUGAUUGGAGAUGUAGCUGGAAAGUUGCACACUGGAAGAAGCAGGAAUGAUCAGGUUGUGACUGACUUGAAGCUGUUCAUGAAGAAUUCCCUCUCCAUCAUCUCCACACACCUCCUGCAGCUCAUUAAGACCCUGGUGGAACGUGCUGCCAUAGAAAUCGAUGUCAUCCUGCCUGGCUACACCCACCUGCAGAAAGCUCAGCCCAUCCGAUGGAGCCAGUUCUUGCUCAGCCAUGCUGUUGCUCUGACCCGUGACUCUGAGCGCCUGGGAGAGAUAAAAAAGAGGAUCAACGUCCUGCCUUUGGGAAGUGGUGCUCUGGCUGGCAACCCACUGGAGAUUGAUAGAGAGCUUCUGCGCAGUGAGCUGGACUUUGCUUCCAUCAGCCUGAACAGCAUGGAUGCUGUUAGUGAGAGAGACUUUGUGGUGGAAUUCCUGUCUGUUGCCACCCUGCUGAUGAUCCACCUUAGCAAGAUGGCAGAGGAUCUCAUCAUCUACAGCACCAGCGAGUUUGGCUUUCUGACCCUCUCUGAUACCUACUGCUCUGGCAGCAGCCUGAUGCCUCAGAAGAAGAAUCCUGACAGUCUGGAACUGAUCCGCAGCAAAGCUGGACGAGUGUUCGGACGGUUGGCUGCUAUUCUCAUGGUCCUCAAAGGACUCCCCAGCACUUACAACAAGGACCUGCAGGAGGACAAGGAGGCCGUCUUUGAUGUUGUAGACACCCUGAAUGCUGUGCUCCAGGUUGCCACAGGAGUGAUUUCGACCCUCCAGAUCAACAAGGAGAACAUGGAGAAGGCACUGAGCCCCGAGAUCCUGUCAUCUGACCUGGCUCUCUACUUGGUUCAUAAAGGAAUGCCGUUCAGACAAGCCCACAUCGCCGCUGGCAAGGCCGUCCACCUCGCCGAGACCAAAGGCACCACCAUCAAUAACCUCAGCCUGGAGGACCUGAAGAGCAUCAGCCCCCUGUUUGGCAGCGACGUGUCCCAGGUGUUCAGCGUGGUCAGCAGCGUGGAGCAGUACACGGCCACGGGCGGCACCGCCAAGAGCAGCGUGUCCGCCCAGAUCGAGCAGCUGCGGGAGCUGCUCAAGAGGCUGAAGGAACAAGCUUAGAGUGUGGGGAGAGAUCCCGUGGAUGCAGCGUUGUGCCUAUCCCACUAAUCUGGAGUUAAUAAACACUGGGGUGUCUGUAGUUCGCUGAAA